ACCUUCAAACGGCCCUGCUCCCAUCUAGGAUGCCCUCCACCGACCCUGGAAAGCAUCUCCAGUGUGAAACCAGCAAUUAGAGGUUUUAAUUACAGGUGGCUAACUAAUUGAAGAGGUAUUGGUUUUAAAAUAAUGAUUAUCCCCACGGUCCCCUCUUUUCAAAUGACAAAAGAGCCUUCUCCUAGACACUAUCCAUCACAGCGUAGAAAGGUUUAUAAGGAGAGCAUGACAGAUGUCAUUCCCCAGUGUCCUCAGAAAAUGCUGCCGUGAUUGGAAAAGGAGAAGAGCAAGCACAUGUCUAAUGCCAUUUGAGUUUGUGGUAACAGAAAAACCCUGAAGACAGCUUGACUGGACAAUGAAGCUCAGCAUGACUAAGUGACCUGGGUAGUUGAGAUCAUGGAUGAGGACAUAGCAGUGGUUGGCAUCGGAUGCAACUUCCCUGGAGGUGAAGGUUUAGACCACUUCUGGAAGGUUCUAGCCGAGGGGAAGAACUGCACGGUAGAGAUUCCAAGUGAGCGAUUUGACCGCUCGUCCUGGUAUGAUCCUGAUGACAGUAGACCUGGAAAGACUCAGACCACCAGGGCUGCUCUUAUAGAAGGAUUCAAUGAGUUGGACUACAAGUUCUUUGGCAUCACAGAGGCAGAGACUGAAUUCAUGGACCCUCAGCAGAAGCUGCUGCUUCAGUGUUCCUACAGAGCACUAGAAGAUGCUGGGAUACCCAUGGAGAAGGCCAGCGGCACCAGGACAGGAGUGUACAUAGGUCUAAUGAACAGGGACUAUGAGACGCUUGUGAACAACAGCCCGAGCACCAUAACGCACUACAACGGCACCGGGACAGCCAUGAGCGUGGCCGCCAACAGGAUCUCCUUCACCUUUAACCUCACGGGGCCCUCCUUUGCCAUCGACAGCGCUUGCUCCUCCUCUUUAGUAGCCCUUCAUUCUGCCUGCCAGGCCAUUAGACAAGGUGACUGUGAGAUGGCACUUUGUGGAGGUGUGAGUUGCAUUCUUGAGCCGCGAGUGUUCGUGGCUCUGAGUAAGGCCAAGAUGAUCUCACCUGAUGGCACCAGCAAACCCUUCUCCAGCAAAGCAGACGGAUACGGCAGAGGAGAGGGCUGUGGAGUCCUCCUAUUAAAACCCUUAAAGAAGGCUCUUGAAGAUUUCCACUAUAUAUGGGGCGUCAUCCGCAAAACAGCUGUGAAUCAAGAUGGCCGCACUGUCACUCCAAUCACCAAGCCAUCCCUGGUUCAGCAGGAGGAGCUGCUUAGCCGAAUAUAUUCAGCAGGAAAUGACCUGGGUGUCCAGUACAUAGAGGCUCAUGGGACUGGAACGCCGGUAGGAGACCCGAUAGAAGCAGCUAGCAUCUCUAACAUCAUCGGCCAAGCAAGGUCUCAAGGACCGCAGAUAGUCAUUGGCUCUGUAAAAGGUAACAUAGGGCACACUGAAUCAGCAGCUGGGGUGGCAGGAAUCAUCAAGGUCCUUCUGAUGAUGAAAUACCAAACUAUCGUACCGUCAUUGUUCUAUUCAGAGGAACUUUCGAGCAUUGACACCAAAGUUUUGAAUAUUAGGAUCCCUACCAAAGCGGAAAAAUGGAUGCCAUUACCCAAUAGUGGUCGGGUGGCUGGCAUCAAUAGCUUUGGCUUCGGUGGUACGAAUGCCCAUGUUGUUAUUAGGCAGUACAUACAAACACCUACUUCAAUACCGUCCAUAUCUGAGAGCAGGGAACUGAUCACACUUUCAGCAAUGACAGAGACGUCCCUCCGCAGGUGUAUUUCAGACACUCAUCAGAGGCUUAGCAUGGAGGAUGUGGUGGAAUCUGUAAAUCUAAACGCCAUUGCGUAUACCUCAGCUUGUAGGAGGAGCCAUGUAAAACACAAGUACAGGAAAGCGUUUUUGUCCUCUUCAAUUGAGGAACUAAAAGAGCAACUGAAGAUGUGUCUUGAUCAAAAAAUCUCACCAGCCAAGCCAGACCUUAAGUUGGUCUUUGUGUUCUGUGGCAAUGGAGUCACUUACAGAGGCAUGUGCGAAGAGCUACACAAGACACAGCCUGUUUUUAGAGAGAAGGUCAGGGAGGUGGAAAACCUUUUCCAGAAUUACAGGAGCACGAGCAUCUCACAGAAGAUUGUGAGUGAUUAUGACAACGAGGACGUUUCCAAACCAGAAGUCAUUCAGCCUUUGCUCUUCGCCAUUCAGGUUGCUCUUGUACAUCUCCUAAAGCACUGGGGCAUUAGGCCUGAUGCUGUUCUUGGCCAUUCCGUGGGUGAAGUCGCUGCCGCACAUUGCUCUGGGUUGUUAUCACUAGCAGAUGCAGUCAAGGUGAUCUACUACCGAAGUGUGUCACAGGGUACCAUUACUGGAGGGAAAAUGCUUGUGGUAGGGAACAUUGCGGUGACAGACAUUUUGAAAAUCUUGGGCUCUUAUGCAGGGAAGGUUUGUGUGGCAGCCUUAAACAGCCCUGUGUCCUGCGUAUUAUCAGGACACAGAGAUGCCAUAGACAACCUGCACCAAAAGCUAAAAGCAUCAUUGAUGACCAAAAACCUCUUUCUCCAUAUACUGGAUGUCCCUGCUGCGUAUCACAGUCACAUGAUGGAUCCGAUACUGAGUCAGAUCAAGGAAAGUAUUGGCGUUCUGAAUGCGAAUGAAGUGGAGUGUGAACUUUACUCAACAGUCAAAGGGAAGGCUUUAAGUGCAGGAGAUUUUACCACUGGUGACUACUGGGCAAGAAACAUCCGCGAGCCUGUUGCUUUUCAACAGGCAAUACAAUCAGUGGUGAAAGAUAAAUCCAAUGUGGUCUUUGUGGAAAUUAGCCCAAGAAGAGCUUUAGAGAGGAACAUCUUGGAGGUCCUGGGGAAUGACGUCACUGUAUUAUCGACAGUGCUGCCAGACAGAAAUCAUGACACGCUUGUUGGCACUGUGGCUAAGCUUUUUGAGCUAGGUGUGCAAAUAGACUGGGACAGUUUGUACACGGGUUUCGAAAGUGACCCUCUGGCGUUCCCCAGGUACCAGUUUGAAUGUGUGAAAAAAGAGGUCUACUUUGAAACUGUGCGGCAAGGACACGAUAACGUACCGCAUUCUGUGCAUCCCUUGCUUGUGCAAAUGAGAAAAAACAGCAAAGAGUGCAGAUGCUCUCUCUCAUCCAAUGCAGCAUCCUACCUUUGGGAGCACAAAAACAAGGGUGUACCGAUUGCUCCUGGAUCACUGUAUGUGGAACUAGCCUUCGAGGCUGCAAUACAGUUCAUCAGACCAAAGCAGCCUCUCUGUUCUCUACAGCUUUGCAUCACUUUCAAGAGCUUGCUUGUCCUCAACCAGGUAUCAAAUCACGUGAGGGUGCUUCUAGAGCCAUUCGAUGGCAAGACUGUGUUUGAGAUACACUCUGCCUCGGCAGUGCAUGCAUCUGGCACCAUUGCCCAUGGCUCGUAUCCAGCAGCCCUAGAGGAGGACUCCAUCAGCUAUGAUGCCAUCUCAAAACGUUGUCCUUUGGUUAUGGCAAAAGAGGAGGUGUAUUCUCACCUCUCAUUGGCUGGAUUUGAAUACGGGCCUGCAUUCAGGCAUUUGGAUGAGGUUCUUUACGGAGGAGACCUCAGGGAGGCCCUGACAACCAUCACAGUCCCUGAUGUACUGCUAAGUCAACUGCAUGACUACAGGCUACAUCCUGCGAUGUUGGACUCUUUCCUGCAGAUGACUUCUGUGGUGGCUCAAGAUGGUACUAAGAUGGGGGCAAGGCCUUGUUUCCCCUCUGCCGUUGAAAGUGUGGUGGUCUCCAGGCCACUGCAGAGGGUGAUGGUCCUGUAUCUUAGGGUGACUCGGGAGACGCCUGAAUUUUAUGAGGUGUGUGGCUGCUUUGCAGAUCCUUCUGGUCGUGUGUUGGUUGAACUGAAAGGUUUGAGGAUCACGUUUGUGCAGACACAGCCUCAAGCGGUUGAAUUCCUCCACAAUGAAUAUCAAGCCAGUAGAGAUGAUGACGUGAGCAUGGGUGGCAGACCUAAAUCUUUAGUGUUUGAAGAUACACUGGGUGUAGCUAAGGCGUUGAAGCCUUACUUACACCCACAAUCUGCUUUUGUGACUUUCUCAAAAACAGCCCAACUUGUUCCUGCUUUGCUCACUCAGUAUCUAGGGAAGGGGACCAAAGAUGGUGAAACAUUUACAGAGGUUCUGUAUAUGUGGGGAAUUCAAGACUUGAGUCAACUGAGCAUUGAGACCAUCCUGGAGAGUUUGGUCGAAUGCUGUGACCUCUACCGACAAAUUGUGCUCGCUUUGAGAGACCACGGUUGUUCAGGUAUCAUGCGAGUGGUUACCUACAGGUCGUGUAGCCAUAUUGUCGAUCAUGUCAGUCCUGGCUUUGUUUUGUCAGGGAUGACCAGAGCUCUUGCUGCAGAAUUGUCGGGCUUCACUUUUCAGUUAAUCGACCUUGCAUCUGUGUCAAAUGAGGACGUACAGAUGUUGGCUUCUGUCAUCAGAAGUUCUCAGAGCAACCAUCACCCUGAGAUCAUGAUAAGGAAAGGAGAUGUUCAUUUCGCCACCAUUGUAAGAAGUGAUGCUCAUGAUUCUGCAUUUACAGACACAGAUCUCAGGCCUUUGCCUUUUCAACAACUUACCUUGCGGACCACAGAUCCAUACACAAUGUGCAAUUUAGCAGCUAUGGUUAGUACAUAUGAAAUCUCAAUUGAGAAUAACGCUGUGGAGAUAAAGCUUGAUAAAAUGUGUGUUCAUUCAUCAGACUAUUUCCCAGUCAGUAGCUCUGACUUCCAGUUUGGUGGGACAAUGUACUGGUCCAAGCACUCCAAUCAGACUCACAAGGUGUUAGCGCUAGACUUCAAUGGCAUCGUCAUAGCCGUGGGGAAGAACGUACGCAAAUUAAAAGUGGGAGACCACAUUUCCACUUGCUUCCCUGUAACUGCAUCCUCUAAGAUUGCACUUCCUGAGGAGGUAUGCUACAACACCGCAAAGCUUCCGUUUUUGAGAGAUCUCCCUUGUGUCUCGUACUUUGUACUUAUAAGAGAAAUAUAUGAAGCCAUCACACCCAAAGGCAAUCUGAAAACGGCCGUUAUGAUUCUUUCUUCUGCUCCCGGUGAUUUGGCAAAAAUACUACUUGAGGUUGUGAGAAGCAAGUUAGGCAAAGCAACUAUUCAGACUGAGAUAAAUGACAAGGAAGCUGACUGUGCGGUAAUCAUUCUGUUACCUCCUUAUGAACAGUCUAUGGUCAUCAGCGCAAGCAGCACGUCUUCACUGAAGCACAUUGUAGUGGUCUGUGAUGACACAAUGGCCUUGCCUUUACACACUAUUCAACAGAACAAUCAAAGUGCCUGUGUCCAUGUUGUGAAAACCUCUACUGUUUUUCAGAAAGCCAGGCUCCGAAGUCAGGGUCAAGAUCUGGAACACUGGCUACAUGGCAUUGCUCUUGGUAAGACUGGUAGGACCAUACAUGCGAUCACUUCUCCUGGUGCAGUCCUUCCUGAGACCACAGAACGUAGUGAUUGUUCUCGCUCAUACUUUAAUAUGGAGAACAUCUCUUUGAUUGAAUGCACCAAGAGUGGUCGUUGGUCAGGUCAUGUCGGAACUAACGUCCCUUUGUUAUUUCCUCAAGUCUCACAGCUGUUCCAAAAGAAGAGCGUGUAUGUCGUGUCUGGAGGCCUGUCGGGCCUGGGUCUAGAGACUGUGAAGUUCAUUGCUCACAGAGGUGGAGAGUGCAUCGUGUCCCUCUCCAGGAGUUUGCCGUCAAGUGAGACUCAGCACAAGGUUAGUGCACUGCAAAGGCAGUGCGGCAUUUCUGUGGUGACUUUCCAGUGUGAUGUGUCAUCAGUGGAAGACGUAGUGAAAGCUUUCUCGGACAUAGGUCAGAGAUUUCCCUCUUGUGCGAUCAGAGGUGUGUUCCACAGUGCAGCUGUGCUCCAUGACGGGUUGAUAGAGGCUCUGGACCGUUCACACUUCAAGAAAGUUCUGACUCCAAAAGUUAGUGGAGCCUUAAACCUGCACUACGCCACGCUACACUGUAAGCUGGAUUAUUUUGUUUGCUAUUCCUCCAUCUCGUCAUUCUUGGGAAAUGCCUCUCAGACUAACUAUGCUGCUGCCAACUCGUUUCUAGACAUGUUUUGCCAUUACCGCCGCAAUCUUGGACUUGCUGGGCAGUCCAUCAAUUGGGGCCCCCUUAAUUUGGGUCUCCUACUCAACAAAGUCAACUUUCAAAGGUUCCUAGAGGCAAAAGGGCUCGCAAUCCUGGAGGUCUCAGAGAUACACAAGGCCUUGGAACAAUGCUUGUUGACAAACAAUGCGCAGCAGGUUGUUUGCAAAUUCAACUUCAAAAACUUGCAGAACCACGUCCUAUCUCAGAAUGCAUCCCUCAGGGUACGCCUGUCACCUCUUGUAGAACAGGAACUCAAAAAGGGUGGAAAAGGGACAGAAUCAAAGGUUCCCCUUGAAAGCUCCGUGGAGGAUUAUGUUAAACGUCUGCUUUGUGACCUGAGCAAUGUUGACACUGGUGAUAUCAAGGAGGACAGUACACUUCAUUCUUUUGGUAUAGAUUCAAUGUCUGCCAUGACUAUGCAGAACCGCAUGUUUCAAGACUGGGGUGUAACAGUGCCACUAGUGAAGAUACUGGACCCCAACAGCACCAUGUCCAGUCUGGUUAUGAUGAUAAAGAGGAGAGAUGAUGUGUGAAUUGAUAUCCAAUCUGUAGAGUAGGUUUUGUGUUCUGGACUAAUUUCCCAUUCAAAACAUAAAUAGAUGUACAGAUGUGGUGUAAUGGUUAAGAAGUUGGACUGUAGAUCACAGGGUUGCAGGUUCAAUCCCCACCCUUACCAAUCCCUUCCUACCUCCAUGGCUGAGGUGCCCUUGAGAAAGGCACCUAACCCCACAUUGCUCCAGGGACUGUAACCAAUACCCUGUAAUAUCUAUAAGUUGCUUUGGAUAAAAGUGUCAGCUAGGUGUAAUGUUAUGUAGUAGAUGCUAAUACGCCACACAUCAAGACAUUACAAAGGACAAAUCGAUGAGCAAUGACUUUACAGAAUAUUAGGCAAAUAUGUACACAUGUGUAGGUGUUUAAACAACAAAUGCCCCAAUACCUCCUAAUGUAAAAAGAUUGAGUACCGGUAGUCAGUUUGAUGUUUCCAAGUUAAGGCAAAGGUCACCAAAGGGCACAUUGGCAUGCAGUCCUGCACGUUCAGUAAUUGAAAGGUAAAUAUAUUUGCUGAAUAUAUUCUUACUGCAAAAGAUGAUCCAUGGAGACUUGUGCAUGCAUGGAAGGCAGGAAACAUACUCUCUUCACUUAUAAAUCAGCAAUGGGAAUAUCUUUAUCUUUAUCUUUGCCUUAAAUGUGUAUUUAUUUGUCUCUGUACAUUACAGGUCUAGAUAUUACCUAGAUAAAACUGCAUAUUUUAGAAGGUUAUGUUCACACUGGCGUUUUCAAUGGCAUUAAUUGAUUCUCCUGUCUUUUAUUGCAUCUAAUCUAAACAGCAUCAUAUUUGUAUGAAUAAAUCACUGAUUAUGUGUUAAGAAUUAUGAUUAUGAAUUAGGACAAAUAUGACAAUACACUGUAUGACUUGCUUCAUAUUCACAUUGCUUUCACUGAUGUUUUGAUGCACAACAGUCUUUUUUGUGCAGCGGUAAACCUCUUAUGUGUAUAAAAUGGUAUGUUGCUCAAGCACUGCCAAA